UGCAUUCUGUAACCAGCCCUAAAUUAAGUUUGCAUUUAUGUCUUUGAUUCCAAUGUGGUAAAGCUGACCACAGAAGCUGUUGAAUAAACAACAUCCAGGCUUCAGUGCAGAGCCUGUUCCUGGUGAACAGAGUCCAAAAUGGCUCAUUUCCUUCUUUCCUUAUUUUAUCCCGUUCCAAAGCCUCUGCCUUGUCCGUGAGCAGGGCAGUACCUGUCUCAUUCCAGAGCCCUUCCUAAGGCACAUGCCUGCAAUGGUUGGGAUGAUGCUGGCAGUGCCAGGAUCUCCUCAUUCCUCCUGGGAGAGACCUGGGCAGCAGCCACAGCUCUUUUUCAAGGGGAAGUUGUCCCUCCUUUUCCCACUGCCUUAAAUCCAGGGGAAAACAAUGUGCCAAUGCUUCUGGAAAGGGAAGUGAAAGGGAAAGCCGUGGAUGGUGAGUCAGGCUUUGGAGACACACAUGAGGUUAAACACCAAAGGAGCAUUUAUUAACAGAGCUGUUAAUAACUAACAGAACACAGAGACUUUGACACCUGAGAGGGUUUUUCUCUCCCUGUCUUCCUUUUUCCUGUCCAUUGCAGAGUAGAAACAUUCCAUGGUGCAACCUCUUGUCCAGGGAAGAACAACUCACCAGGGGCUUUCUUUCAAGGAGCCGCUUUAGGACAUGGAUCCCAAAGGAGCCAGAGGGUCCAGGAAGCGCCGCUGAUCUGCACAGACCCCUUUGCCUGCUGCUGCCCCACAGGGAACAGGGAGCUGCUGAGGAGCCUCAUGGUCCAUCCCUGGAUUCUCCAAGCACUGACUCCCCAUCCACUCUGACCACAGCCAGGGCCACCGCCUGCCCAGCAUCCAUCCAUGGAGGUGACCACCGUGUCCUCAUCUCCUGCCUCACCAACUGAAGGAGACAACGUCUGUGAGACAGAUGUCACCAGUGUGGCCAUGCACAGUGUGUCACUGCCCAUCUGCCUCUGCAGGCUGGCUGGGAAUGGGGCUGUGCUCUGCUUCCUUGACUUCCGCUGUUCAUCCAGGAACACAACAACCCAUUACAUCCUCAUCCUGACUUUUUUGAACUUCCUCUGCCUCCUCGUUCUGUUGCCCUCCUCUCUGCUCUUCCUGCUGGAGGACAUGUCCUGCUCUAUCAUCCUGCCCUUGCAGUACAUGGUGAUGCUUUUCCAGAUGUUACCGGUGUCAUACAGCAUGUGGCUGUACAUGCUGGCAUACACAAACAUCAGGAGUUGUAGCUCCAUCCACUGCCCUCUCUGGCACUGCUGCCACUGUCCCCAGCACCUAUCAUGGCUGGUGCUUGCCCUGCUCUGGGCCUUCUUUGCUCUCUUCACUGUCCUUCCCACGGUGACAUCCCUGUGUCCAUCAGAGGAACAAGGGCACUGCCAGGCAGCUCUUAUCUCCAUGUACACCAUCAUCCUGCUCCUCUUUGUUGCACCCAUGGUCAUUUCCAGCACAAUCGAUUUCAUUAAGGCCAAGUGGGGCUCCCAGCAGCAGCAACCCAAGAGGCGUGACAUCGUUAUCGUCCUCAUUGUGCUCCUCACUCUCCUCCUCAUCAUCUGCGAUUUCCUGCAGCAGCUAGGUUACCUCAAUGUACCCUCCCUGGUUUUUUCCCUGUUCCCCUGCAUCAACAGCAGCAUCAAACCCUUCAUCUACUUCUUGGUGGGGAGGUGCUGGAGGCCCUGCUCUGUGGGGUCCCUCCGGCUCUCCCUCCAGAGGGUCUUUGAAGAGCAAAAAGAAAAAAGUGGCAACACAAAUGAUCCCACCAUGGACACAAUGAUCUGAGUUUGUUGGUAGCUUGCCCUGUACUGCUGAGGGACCCUGGAACUGUGGCUGAGGGAUUCCUUAAGUCACCUGAAUAAUAAAUAUCCAGAGUG